CACCCCUCGCCGCCUCUCGACUGUAUUCCAUGUUCACAGCUCUUUCUGGUUCUGCAAAAUGACCAUCUAAUUUGUAUCUAUAUCUGUAUGUAAUCAGUAUCUAUUGCAAAUCAUGUCAUUAUCAAUUUCUAGGAGGCUUUUGCGUUCGUUUUGUUCAUCUGAUUCCCCCGCCGGUUUGCUCCGUUCCCUCUCUGGAUCUACAGCUUCGAAUGUAACUUCUGCGAAGCAGUUUGCUUUUGCUAAGAAUGAACCAAUUUUCUUUGCCUUACGAAGAUUUUCGACUUCAAUCCUGGCUCCUGAUUCAGGUGAUGGUGAAUUUCCAUCAGAUUUAUUGACAAAGAAGCGUGUUUUGACUCUUGAUCGUGAAUUAGGGCUCUAUCAGGACCUGGUUGUUCCAGUAACAAACUUCCGUAAUGAAGAUAAGGGUUUUAUGGUGUUGGCUGGUGAUGUUUUCGAUGUGCCAAUUAGGAAGGACAUUAUACAUCGUGUUGUAAGAUGGCAGCUUGCUAAACGGCAGCAGGGAACACAUUCGACUAAAACUAUUAGUGAGGUCAGUGGGACUGGGAGGAAGCCUUAUCCGCAGAAGGGUACAGGUCGAGCAAGGCAUGGGACACUCCGUGGCCCUCAGUUUCGUGGAGGUGCAGCUAUGCAUGGCCCAAAGCCUCGAAGUCAUGCUAUCAAGCUGAACAAGAAGGUUCGUCGACUGGGCUUGAAGAUUGCUUUGUCAGCUCGUGCAGCAGAGGGAAAGCUCAUGAUUUUUGAGGAUAUGGAACUACCUUCACACAAAACCAAGAACAUCGUAAGCUAUGCCCAGAAAAUGGAGAAUGCCAAAAAAGUUUUGCUUGUUGAUGGUGGCCCCAUCAACGAAAACCUCAAGUUGGCCACUCAAAAUAUACAUUAUGUCAACGUUUUGCCUUCUAUUGGUUUAAAUGUCUACAGUAUUCUGCUACAUGACACGCUAGUCAUGUCACGUGAUGCAGUAAAUAGGAUAGUCGAGCGGAUGCACACUCCAAUCAAUCGCUAAUUGAGCUUCUCUAGGUUGGAAUGAGUGUAGAUCUUUUCCUUGUUUUUCAAAAAUAGAUGACGAGACAGUAGAAUAUGCGUACUGCUACCAUCGAUUGAACUGUUUACGAUUUUUGCACUGCAAUUAACUGCAGCUGUGGUUGAGAACAGUUAUGAAUAUGCAGCAGACAAACCAAAGUUAUUAUUCGACAUUGAACUGCUUUUAAAGAACCUUGUUCAACUGCUAAUGAAAGAUGAUUAUGUGGGAAGAAUUGCAUU